AUGCGCCUCUAUCUCAGCUUACGGAAAAGGCUGUCACACGACCUUUCCUGCUGCCUCCGUUUACCAUGUUUGUUGCUGUAACUUGGAGUUUUUAAAUGUAACAGGGAUAAAAGUUUCUGUUCGUAGAAGAAGAAGAAGAAAAGAACAUGCUUCGUUUCUCUUGUUUAGUUUUCAGCAGAGGAGCGGCUCGAAGGUUUGCCUCAUCUUUCUCCAGUGAGACCACUCUACCUCCAAACUUACGCCUUCCCUCUAAUCUUGUGGAUCCUGACAGAUUAAAGCGUCCUCCACCUCCAGUAGACUCCUCCCUUCCUGUAAUCAGGAAGUGCGAUGCGGCACUUUCUGCUCACCUGAGCCCCGUGCGGACGUGGGUGGACACUCUGGAGAGUAAGGACAGCGAACCGUUGGGUCUGACUGAACUCCACCCUGAUGUCUUUGCAGUGACUCCAAGGCUUGAUAUUCUACACGCUGUUGAAACCUGGCAGAGAAAUUACAAAAGAAUUAGUCAUGCUAACACAAAGGUGAGGUCAGAGGUGCGAGGCGGAGGCAGGAAGCCAUGGAAACAAAAAGGAAGCGGAAGAGCUCGCCAUGGAAGCAUCCGAUCGCCGCUGUGGAGAGGAGGUGGAGUUUCUCAUGGGCCAAGAGGACCCAACAGUUACUACUACAUGCUACCCAUGAAAGUACGAGUUCAGGGGCUGAAAGUGGCACUAAGCUCCAAGAUGGCUCAGCAAUACCUCCACGUAGUGGACUCCCUGAACAUUCCCACGCCAGACUCCCAGUACCUGCUGGAGCUGAUCAGAAACAGACACUGGGGAGAGUCUGUGCUGCUGGUUGAUGUGUCUCAAGAGUUCCCUGAAAAUAUCCUCCAAGCUACAGCAAACCUAAAGACAGUAAACCUUAUUCCAGCCAUCGGUCUGAACGUGCACAGCAUGCUGAAACAUGAAGCCGUCAUCCUGACUCUGGACACGGUCAGGUUUCUGGAGGAGAAGCUCCUCUGGCACGACGAGCGUUACACGUUUCUUUACCCGUUCAAGCUGCCGUACUCCGACUUCCCUUAGGACAACUGAUCUGUGUCAAAUUCACUGACAACAAGACUGUUUUUAUUUGUUUAUUCUGAAUGUCACAAUAAAUAAUUAUACUUGUAAAAAGUACAAAAACAGUUUUGAAAAUUGUGCAGCUUAAAACUGAGAAUUAAACUUUUGUGGGAGGCGACGGUUUGCCAGAUCGUUCCUGAUCGUCCAGCGAAGCUCGGAGCGUUUCUUCUGCGUCGGCACCGUGUAGGUGUUGGGAACAUAAACCCUUCGGGGCUUCUGCUCAAACACAAUAAAGACAGCAGAUUAGAGCGCCCUCCUCGUCACACCUGGGCAGGAUGCUUUGAUCGUUUCUUCCAGAACAAGGUGUUCUAUUAAGAGCAGGAAGUGGGAGGUGACGCAUUGUUUAAACUUGAGAUCUCAUAUUACUUAACACAUUCCCAGCGACGUUACAUCAGCUCUUAGACAUGUAGUUCAGAUUUUUUUUUACCUCACUGUCUGAAGUUAAAUUAGAUCAAACUUCUUUUUUUAGGUUGGUCAGAAUUACCAGGAUUAUUUACAUGUGAUAAAUGCUACAAUAAUGAGAAAAUAUGUCAGAUUUAUCUAUUAAUGUCUUUAAAGUCAGAGGUUUUGCAAUCUCUUUAAACAAUGGUGAUGUCCAGACUUUUGAAACAUGUUUGAGUUAAUUGGAGGCACACCUGUGGAUGUAUUUUAAGGCCACACCUGAAACAAACUGCUUUCUGGUUUGACACGAUUAGAAAGUCAAAACAAAUCAGCCGAGACAUCAGGAAGAGUCUGGAUCACUCUGUGAAGGUGAUGCGUUCAUCUGUUUCAAGGAAUUAUGCACAAGUAUAGACGUGAUGGGAACGUCCAAUUAUCAGGCCUUUCGGAAAGGAAACGGGUUCUGUGUCCAGAGAUUAAAGUUUUUGGUCCAAAAUCUGCAGAUUAGCCCCAAAACAAAAGCUAGAUACAACGUGAAGAUUCUGAUAAAGCUGGUCAUCAUUGCAUCAAUAUUAAGUGAAACGUGUCCUGUACCAACAUGGGCUGAAAUGCUGCUCAGAGACACAGAAGCCAUUUUAAAAAUCUUCAUUUUUGGAGACAUGUGUUGUGGCCUGAUGAAGCUAAAGUGGAAAUGUUUGGACAUAAUUACCAUUUUUACAAUUGGAGGAAAAUUGAGGAAACUUUUAACCAUCCAAACUGAAGUAUGGAGGUGGCACCAUCAUGUUAUGGGACUGUUUUGCUGAUUGUUUUCUUACAAAUUUCUGACUUUUCAAUAUCAGAGAAAAUAUGGUUUCAUCAUGAAUUGAUGCAAAUUUAUGGCUUUUUGACUAAAUAUAUUCAAGUUUUCACAUAAUUGUAAAAUUAAACUCUAAAUUUAUUUCUCCAUGA